UCCUGGGCGGCGGUUGCCAUGGCAUCGCCGGGUCGCGCAGCCCUCGGAAGGGAAGAUGGCGGUGCCGGGCUGGCUGGAGAGAUUGCGGGCGGCGGAGAAGACGGCCCUGUUGCAGGACGGAAGGAGGAAAGUACAUUACCUCUUCCCUGAUGGAAAGGAGAUGGCUGAAGAGUAUGAUGUAAAAACCAGCGAACUACUAGUUAGAAAAUGGCGGGUAAAGAAUGCUCUGGGAGCCGUGAGCCCAUGGCAAACAGAAGUGGGAGAGCCAACAAUUUCUUCGGGUGGAGUCUUGGGGUCAGAGCUCAUCAAAGAAAGCAGUUCUAAUCCUAUCUUCAUGCGGAAGGACACAAAAAUGAGCUUUCAGUGGCGGAUUCGUAAUCUUCCCUACCCUAAGGAUGUCUACAGUGUCUCUGUGGACCAGAGUGAGCGCUGCGUUAUUGUCCGGACCGCUAAUAAAAAGUACUACAAGAAAUUCUCCAUUCCUGACAUGGACCGAUACCAACUUCCCCUGAACAGCUCUGCAUUGAACUUUGCCUAUGCCAACUGCACCCUGAUCAUCACUUACCAAAAGCCAAAGGAGGUCCUAGAUGCAGAGGAAGAGUUGCAGAGAGAGCUAAAGAAGGUGAAGACAGCCAAUGGCCAGAAUGGGGACUGUAAGACCCAGUAACCAGACCCACUUGUCUGCAGACUUCCUAGGUCUCUUGGGUCAUUUCAACACAGGUUCCCGAUGACCAGGCCUUGGCUUUGCCCUUACCUGAAGGAAUACUUGAUGGGUUUCAGGAUUUAUCACACAGAUAGAUAAAAUUGACCCCUGGAGGCAGGCCCUGACCUAAAAAUGGUUCCUCCCAGGUCAUCUGGGUUUGCUAAUUUCCUGAGUAAAGUUGAUUUGAAUUACCCUUA